AUGGGCAGAGGUAGAAAGAGGUCAGGGAAAGAUCCAGAAGCGGGUUUUGGAGAAAAUGAUGGGGGUUUAGAGAAGAAAGAGGGCUUUUUGGAAAAUCAAAAUGGCGGGACAAAAUGGGUAGGUGAAAAAGUUGAUGGGGUUGCUUUGAGUUUGAAGAAGAAGAAGCGUGGUGGAGCUUUGGCGGGUGAGAAAGUUGUGGAAGGUGGGGAUGGAACAAAAUGGGAGGAGGGUAAAGGCAAUUGGGUUGCUCCGACUUGGAAGAAAUAUAAUAGGCGGAGGAAGAGGGACAGAGAUUUGGUGCCUGAGAAAGUUGGGGAAGGUGGUGAUAGAGGUAGAAAGAAAUGCCAAAUGGGUUCUGAGAAUCGGACUGGGAGUGAUGAGAAAUGGGGUCCAAUGGGUCUGGGGAAUGAGCAAGUUUAUGUCUUCAGUGAGUUGGACUCUCAAGAAGGUCAAGAGCAAGGAAGUACUGGUUUUAGUGGCAAGGAAGUUGAAGGAGCUUCAGCAAAGAAACGUGGUAGACAGAGUAAGAAAAGUGAGAAAGUUAAGGCAUCUGAAAGGGGAGUGGAGAAGCUUGUCAGUGGGAAUUGUAUUGUUAAUAAGAAGAGUGCAGAAUUUGUUGAGGAGGUGUCUUUGAUGUGCCAUCAAUGUCAGAGGAAUGACAAGGCCAGUGUUGUUCGGUGCAGAAGGUGCAAGAGAAAGCGGUUUUGUAUCUUUUGCCUAAAAAAAUGGUAUCCUCAGAUGUCAGAGGAUGCUAUUGCUGAGGCUUGUCCUGUAUGCCGUGGAAAUUGCAAUUGCAAAGCAUGCUUACGCUUAGAUGUACCUAAUCUGCAAUUCUGCAUUAGCGAAGAUAAAAAAGUUGAGCACUCAAAGUAUUUGCUCCAAGUACUGCUUCCAUUCUUGAAAAGAGUUAAUGAUGAACAAAUGAUUGAGAUGGAGAUCGAGGCUAGGAGACGAGGGCUAUCUCUUUCGGAGCUAAAGAUACAACGAUCAGAUUCCUCUUAUGGUGAUCGAGUGUACUGCAACAACUGCAAAACUUCUAUUAUUGAUUUACACAGAAGCUGUCCUAUAUGUUCAUAUGAUCUUUGCCUCAUCUGUUGCCGAGAGAUUCGAGAUGGACACCUGCUGGGUGGUGGGGAGGAAGUGAUUAUGGACUAUAUCAAUCAGGGCCUAAACUAUUUGCAUGGUGAAAAUUGGGACGCUGUAGAACUGCCUUCAGAAACUAGCCACACUUGUCGUACAUGGUCAACAUCUGAGUGGAAAGCAAAUCUAGAUGGAAGUAUUUCUUGCCCCCCAGAGGACAAGGAUGGUUGCGGUCAAAGUUUUCUAGAAUUGAGAUGCAUGUUUUCUGAAAAUGAUGUCAGAGAGUUGGUUAAGAAAGCAGAGGAAAUUGCUCAAACUUACAAAUUUACGCACGCUGCUGGAACUUCUGCACAACGGUGUUCAUGUUCUAAUAAGUUAAGGAAAGCAGCUUCUCGAGAGGGUUCUGAUGACAACUUCUUGUACUGUCCAAGGGCUGGAGAUAUCCAACAUGAGGAGUUUAAGCAUUUUCAAUGUCAUUGGAUCAGAGGUGAGCCUGUGAUUGUGAGCAAUGUGCUUGAAACUGCAUCAGGUCUAAGCUGGGAACCUACGGUCAUGUGGCGUGCUUGUCGUCAGAUGAAACAUACUAGGCAUAAGAAACAUUUGGAAGUCAAGGCCAUUGAUUGCUUAGAUUGGUGUGAGAUAGAUAUCGGUAUCCACAAGUUUUUUACUGGAUAUUCAAAAGGCCGUUUUGAUCGGAAAAUGUGGCCGCAGAUGCUAAAACUCAACGAUCCGUCCCUGGAUGACUUUUUCCAGGAGCGCCUUCCUCGUCACUGUGCUGAGUUUAUUUGCUACUUGCCGUUUAAGGAAUAUACUCAUCCCCACAGAGGCUUUUUGAACCUUGCUGUUAAAUUGCCCAAGGAAUGUGUAAAGCCAGAUAUGGGGCCAAAGACAUAUAUUGCUUAUGGUGUUUCCGAGGAGCUUGGACGUGGAGAUUCUGUAACCAAGCUUCACUGCAAUUCCUGUGAUGUGGUGAAUAUUCUGACACAUACUGCUGAAUUUACCCUUACUCCCAAGGACAUUGAAACUAUGAAAAGGUUGAAAAAAAAGCACAUUGAACAAGACAGAAGGGAAGUGUUUGGACAUUGUCGGACUGUGAAUGACAAUGUUGGUUGUAACAAGGCUGGCAGUGGCAGGGCUGCAAAUGAUAAGCAAUUUUUUUUUGAAGUUGACAAUCAAAACAAGGGUGCAGCUUUUCAAGAGCUGACUGAUCCAGCUGUUCAACCUGAUGGUGAUUCUUGUGUUUCUAGUUUGAAUGCUGGAAGUUUUACAGAAGGAUCCAAGUCUGAAAAGAAUGUAGAGGAUGGUGCUUUAUGGGACAUUUUCCGGCGAGAAGAUGUUCCUAAGCUGCAGGAUUAUCUCUGGAAGCACUACAAGGAAUUCAGGCAUACCUAUUGUUGUCCGCUGCCACAGGUUAUUCAUCCCAUACAUGAUCAGACCUUUUAUCUGACUCUGGAGCACAAAAGGAAGCUCAAGGAAGAAUAUGGAAUUGAACCAUGGACAUUUAUCCAAAAACUGGGGGAUGCUGUUUUAAUUCCGGCAGGAUGUCCACACCAAGUGAGAAACUUGAAGUCGUGCAUUAAAGUCGCACUUGAAUUUGUCUCUCCUGAAAAUGUUGGGGAGUGCGUACGGUUGACAGAUGAAUUCCGCACACUUCCACAAAAUCAUAGGGCUAAAGAGGACAAAUUGGAGGUGAAGAAAAUGAUUGUUCAUUCUGUGCGUUGGCUUGUGAAGGAUUUGGAUCAAAAUAUGAGACAUGUAUGCAGAGAUGAAUCUGGAGAAAGACAGCAAGAAGGAACAGCAGAAGAGGGUGAAGUCCAAGCUGUUGACAAGCAGCCCACACAGAAAGACAGAAGGGUUGAAGAAGAGGAAAUGCACUUGGUCAAAGAGCAGCCUUCACCUGCCCCUGUUGUACAAUGCAGACCUGUACAUGCAUGGAGAGAGGAAGAAUCUGUAGGACAGCAAGACGGAAUGGAAAUAGAGGAGGUCCAAGUUGUUGUAAAGCAGCCUUCACAGCCCCCUGUUGAAGGAGGUAAAACUGGGCAUGCAUUGGAAGAGGAAGAAGCUGGAGGACAGCAAGAAGGAAUGGGAGAAGAGGAGGUCCAAGUUUUUGAGGAGAAGCCUUCACAGUCCCCUAAGUCCCCUGUUGAACGAUGUAGAAUUAGACAUGCAUGGAGAGAGGAAGAAGCUGGAGCACAGAAACAAGGAAUGGUAGAAGAGGAUGAGGUCCAAGUUGUUGAGGUGCAGCCUCCACAACCCCCUGUUGAACGAUGUAGAAUUGGACAUGAAUGGAGAGACAAAGAAGCUGGAGCACAGCAAGAAGGAAUGGUAGAAGAGGAGGUCGUCCUUGUUGUUGAGGAGCAGCCUUCACAACCCCCUGUUGAACGAUGUAAGAUCGGACAUGCAUGGAGAGGGGAAGAAGCUGGAGGACAGAAAGAAGGAAGUGGUGAUGAGGAAGAGGUCCAAGGUGCUGAGGAGCAGCGAUCCUCCUCGCAUCCUGCACAGUCCACUGUUGAACGACGUAGCAUUGGACAUGCACUAAUAGAGGUGGAAGGAGGACAACAAGAAGGAUGGAAAGAAGAGGAAGAGGUAGUUGUUGUGGAGAAGCCUUUACCAUCAUCAGAGUCUGGAGGAGAUGAGGAAGAGGUGGUUGUUGUCGAGAAGCCUUCACAAUCAUCACAGUUUCGACACACCACUGUUGAUCUUGUUACGGUGGUGCAGCAUCUUGAUGGCCUCGUGGAACGCAUUACACAUUUUGAACAGACAAUGGAAGAGAGAGAUAGAGUGCAGCAUCCUGAAUUCCAGCGCAUACGUUCAGAUUUAUUGAAUUUAUCUUCCCGUCUUGGUUUCACAACUCACCCAAGAGUGCCUGGCAUCCACCAUCCUCUCAGCAGCUGA